AUGUUACAGGACCUGUGGCAGAAACAAACAACAAUGAACAUAUUAGGGAACACAGAGAGGAAGGGUGUACUUGCGUACCAAAUCAGUUAUCUUGAGGCUCAAUGCCAGAACGCCUUGUGUGUUGAGGUGAAGGACCACAGUGAUUCCAAUGAAGAGGAAUCUGACAGUGAGAUAUUCAUUGCUGAAGAUGAAGAGGACUCAGAUGAAGUGUCUCAAUCAAUAGGAUCUCAGUCGCUUCCAAGACCAACACAACAAGAAUUACUUGAGCAUUUAGAGAGAGUUGAGCAGUUAUUGGAAAACAUAGAAUUGUUAGGGUUGGACACCAAUAUUUUAGGUAUUGAUGAUCCUCGACAUGGAUACAAAACUGACAGGGAAACACAUAGACCUAGUCAAAAUGAAGAUGAGAUGGAGGAAGUUCUUCACAAGAAUGGAGAGAAACAGGAGCCUAGGAUUCAAGUCAGGUUGUCCUCUUCUAUACCUGGAAAAGGUAGGAUUGAGAGGACAUCAGAAAACCAAGAAGGAGUAAAUGAGGAAUUGGGAGAAGAUGUUGCAGGAGGAGAUAGUGAGGAAAAGUAUGGAAAGGAAGAUGGUGAUGACAUUGAGAAGAUCAAAGCCAAAGGAAUUGAAGAUUUGAAGAAUGCCAUAUUUAACAAUUUUGGUGAUAAGUUAGAAGAUGCCAUGAAGUCUCUGGUGAAUUCUGGUCUUGUUAUGGAUUUUGAUGUGAAAGCUAAGAUGGGAUCAGAAGAGGAAGAUAUCAACUUGGAUGAACCUAUUCCAGUAGAGAAACCAGAAGAGGAACUCACAGAUGAAGAGAAGCAAGCAAAGCAUCUAUAUGAGACUGGUAUGAAGCUGAUGGGAAAAUCCAGGAACCGCAAGGUGCAAGCUUAUGAAGCCCUGAGACAGGCAGCAGCAUUAAAUCAUGCAAAAGCAAGAGAGCAGUAUGCAUGGGCUCAGGUCCUUUGUGAUGUUGACCAGAAUAUCACAGCUGCAAUGCUGACAUUUCAGGAACUGGCAGAGAAAGGGAGUCCCUCUGCCCAGAUGGCCCUUGGAUUCAUGCAUGCAACAGGAGUUGGGUUGGCACCAAGUCAAGCCAAAGCAUUGGUUUAUUACACAUUUGCAGCAGCUGGGGGGGAUCCAUGGGCACAGAUGGCCCUUGGUUAUAGGUACUGGUCAGGGAUUGGAGUCCCAGCAUCCUGUGAAAUUGCUGAUGAUGUGAGUCUGACAGGUGGUCCUGUCAUCCAACGCAUCAGACUUCUGGAUGAAUGGGAGAAUCCAAGCUCAAAUAUGGGACUUCUUGAUGAGGACCUUCUUCAGUAUUAUCAACUUCUUGCUGAGAAAGGAGAUGUGCAGGCUCAACUGGGGCUUGGACAGUUGUAUUUUCAAGGGGGAAGAGGAGUUGAACCAGAUCCUUUCAAGGCCUUGGAGUACUUCACAGCUGCUGCUGAUGCAGGGAAUGCCAAUGCACUGGCCUUCCUUGGCAAGAUGUACUUGGAAGGAAGUGAUGCUGUGAAACAGGACAAUGAUACAGCAUACAAGUAUUUCAGCAAAGCAGCUGAGAUGGGGAAUCCUGUAGGACAAGGAGGGCUUGGUCUCAUGUAUCUCUAUGGCAAAGGAGUGGAGAAAAACUAUCACAAGGCAUUCAAGCACUUUGUUGAGGCUGCUGAGCAAGGCUGGGUUGAUGGACAACUCCAGCUGGGCAAGAUGUACUAUCAUGGCCUGGGUUUACGAAGAGAUUACAAGAUGGCCAUCAAAUACUUCAAUCUUGCAUCUCAGUCAGGCCAUCUUCUGGCUUUUUAUUACCUGGCUCAGAUGCAUGCAACAGGAACAGGGAUGAUGCGAUCCUGUCACACAGCUGUGGAGCUGAUGAAGAAUGUGGCUGAGCGAGGCAAAUGGGGGGAAAGAUUGAUGGAAGCUCAUUUGGACUAUCGUGAUGGUCUUGUAGACCGUGCCCUGCUUAAAUACAUGUUCCUAGCUGAGUUGGGGUAUGAAGCUGCCCAGAGCAAUGCUGCUUUCAUCCUUGAUCGAAAAGAAAGCAUAUUUUUUCGAGAGGAAGAAGUCUGGCCAAGAGCUCUGAUAUAUUGGAGCAGGUCAGCAAGUCAAGGCUACUCCUUAGCAAGGGUGAAACUUGGCGACUAUCACUACUAUGGACAUGGAACAAGGGUGGAUUAUGAGGCUGCUGCUGCUCAGUAUCGCCUGGCCUCAGAGCAACAGCAUAAUGCUCAAGCCAUGUUCAACCUGGCCUAUAUGUAUGAAACAGGACGAGGCCUCAAACAAGAUAUUCAUCUGGCGAAGAGAUUCUACGACCUAGCAGCAGAGACUAGUGCAGAUGCUCAAGUACCUGUUGCUCUUGCUCUCAUCAAACUCUUUCUUCUCUUUGCUUUCACCAAAAUUAAAGAUUUUGAGUUCAGUGUGCCUUGGAACAUCCAGUGGAGUGGUAGCUUGAGUCGCAGCCUGGGACCUGAUUGGGACUUGUACCUCAUGACCACACUCUCCAUUCUCCUGGGACUUGAAGAUGUUGAGGGUCAUGUGCGGAAGUGUUUUGAGUGUUAUCUGAAAGAUGAGAGUUUGUCCCCACCAGGACCAACUCUUCAUUGUGACCUCCAUGCUCAUUACCUUCGUAAAGGUCUUGUUCAUCUCUCAACAUCAUACGAAUGCUUGGAUGCAAGUCGCCCUUGGCUUGUUUAUUGGAUCGUACAUAGUCUGGAUUUAUUGGACCAGCCAAUCCCAGAUGAGCAGAAGACCCAUAUUGCAGAAUUCCUUGCUAAGUGCCAGCAUAAAGAUGGAGGUUUUGGUGGAGGACCUCAGCAGCUCCCUCAUUUGGCUGCAACAUAUGCUGCUGUCCUGGCACUGUCUGUCCUAGGAACAGAAGAGGCAUACAAUGUCAUUGACAGGCAUGGCUUCAAAGCAUCACCCUUGGCCAAGCUACGUAAGUUCCUGGAGAGCAUGCAGCAGGGCGAUGGCAGCUUCACAGUGCAUGAAGGAGGAGAGGUGGACAUCCGUGGUGUCUAUUUGGCCCUCUCAGUUGCCAAACUCACUAAUGUGUAUUCUGAUGAUCUCUUCCUUGGUACUGCAGAUUGUCAAACAUAUGAAGGGGGGUUUGGUGGGAACCCAGGAGUGGAAGCUCAUGGAGGCUACACAUUUUGUGGCUUGGCCACUCUCAACCUCCUGAACAAGACCAACCUUGCUGACAUUCGUGCCCUCCUGUUGCACCAUAUGGCAUAUUCCAUAGACACAGUGAUAGAGAAUCGAUCAAGGUGGCUGUUUCAUCAGGAGGCCCUGCAAGAGUAUCUCCUUUGCUGCUGCCAGAGCACAACUGGGGGACUCAUCGAUAAACCUGGAAAGCAUGCAGAUUUCUACCACACUUGUUAUACCCUGAGUGGCUUGUCAGUGGCACAGCACUUUGCAGCUUGUGGAACUGGCCACAUCUAUCGUGUUGGACCAUCUGUGAACGAACUUACUCCUGUUCAUCCUCUAUACAACAUCAGCGUUCAGGCAGCAAAUGAUGCCAUUCACUACUAUCAAAAGUUGCCCUCAGUUGUGCAGGCAUCUGGACAACCUGCUGAAUCAGGAGACACCUCUUGAGUUGCCCCAGAUUGACCAUUGUCAAAGGUGAGAAACGGUCGUUCAUUUCCAGCCAAUUUGAGUGGACGCAGGGGAGCACUCUUCACUGGACUUCAAUUAUUGUUUGCCAAAUUGAUGAAAAAGAGAUACAGAAAUGUGCUGCCAUCAAGCAGUCUUUUUGAAAAUGAAAUUCUCCCAAAAUUUCCUAUGUUCCCUGACUUUUGCCCCACCCUGUACAACAAAAGAGAAAGUUGAGUGCUCAAGAAGCAGUGCGGAGUAAAUACGCGUCCACAUCUCAUCGAUUGUCUUGACACGAAUUCUGCAAGAGUUAUAUGCUGUGUCCUGAAUCACAGAUGAUGAGAGCACUGAAUCCCGACCAAAGGUAUUAGAUAAGACUAUUACCUGCUUGAAAGCACAGGAGAACGUUGCUCUUUGUUAGGAAGGGGGGAAGUGAAAGGACAAUGUUUCAAGAUAGUAACAGUUACCAG